AUGGACGCGCCUGAAACAAGACAGUCUUCUAUAGUGGUGGCCAUACGAGUGAGGCCCUUCACUUCUACAGAAAAGACUAGGCUGGUUAACGAUGCUGCUGGCACAGAGGCCUGUUUCCCCGGAUUGGGUGAUUCGUCGUUGAUUCUGCCCAUGAGCGCCAAUUCCGAUUCCGAUAUAGACAUAGACGUUGAUGAGGGCUCUACGAGGAGUAGGAGAAACAGCUCUCUGAGAAGGAAGGUCAUUAGACCGGAGGGCAUACGUAAGAUUGUGGACUGUGUGGACGAUCGGAUGCUUAUAUUUGAUCCGGCCGACAGAAAUCCUCUGAAUAAAGUGAGCGACCAGAUCUUGAACUCGAUGCGUUCAAGAGCCACGAAGCCCACCGCUUCUUCCAGCAUCAACAGCAACAGCAACGCUACGAACAAAUUUGCCUCGCAACGCCGAAGACAUGGAGGUGAAAUCAAGUUCGUGUUUGAUAAACUAUUCGAUGAGAAUUCUUCACAGACGCGAGUCUACAAAGAGACAACCAGUCCGCUUUUGGACUCUGUACUGGACGGAUACAACAGUACUGUGUUUGCUUACGGUGCCACAGGCUGUGGUAAGACUUACACCGUAAGUGGCACCCCAUCACAGCCGGGGAUCAUCUUCCUGGCUAUGGAGGAAUUAUUCAAUAAAAUUGACGACUUGAAAGACGAAAAAAACUUCGAGAUUUCAGUAUCCUAUUUGGAAAUAUACAAUGAAAGAAUAAGGGACCUUCUAAAUCCAGAGACACCAUCCAAAAGAUUGAUCAUCAGAGAAGAUACCCAGAACCAUAUAAAAGUGGCAAAUUUGUCGUACCACAACCCUACCACAGUGGAAGACGUCAUGAAUUUAGUCGUCCAGGGGAAUAUAAACAGAACCACGUCCCCGACGGAGGCCAAUGAAGUAUCAUCGAGGUCACAUGCAGUGCUGCAAAUUCACAUAAUGCAGACCAAUAAACUAGUAGACUUGACCUCACAGCACACUUUUGCUACACUGUCAGUCAUUGAUCUUGCUGGAAGCGAGAGAGCCGCUGCCACCAGGAACCGUGGUUUAAGACUGCAUGAGGGCGCCAACAUUAAUAGAUCGCUGCUAGCAUUGGGUAAUUGUAUUAACGCGUUAUGCCUAAAUGAUGGCAGCAGAACUUGUCACAUCCCAUACAGAGAUUCCAAGUUGACAAGACUACUGAAGUUUUCACUGGGCGGGAAUUGUAAAACGGUGAUGAUCGUUUGCAUAUCACCCAGCAGUUCUCAUUAUGACGAAACGUUGAAUACUUUGAAAUAUGCCAACCGCGCCAAAGAGAUCAAGACAAAGAUCAUUCGAAACCAGCAGUCUCUGAGUAGACAUGUGGGAUCGUAUUUGAAAAUGAUCACGGAACAAAAGAGACAAAUUGAAGAGUUACGUGAACGUGAGGAGAAGAUGAUAUCUUUGAAACUAACAAAAUAUAAAUUAAACAAAGAGAAGAUCCAAUUAGCCAUUAACGAAUGCAUCAAUCGUGUCCAACAAUCAUAUUCCACCGUGGAAACCUAUCAAGUGGCAAAGAUCCUUAAAUCUUUGAUACUCUGCAAAAGACGAUUUUUACAAAUGGUCAAGUUGGAAGUGGAUAAUUUAGUACUGCUAUUUCAACAAGACGAGAUAGUGGCGGCAGAAAUGCAACCUGUGAUAAGUAACUGCCAAAUGAUCAGCGAACAACUGUUUAACAAGAUACAUGAAUUGGAAAUAAAGUUUGACGAAACUAAUGCAUUAGAUUCCGUGAUUCAACAGGUACACUCCAUUGACUUGAACAAGUUAAGAGAAAUGGAAGACUGGGACGAGACCUACGACCUAGUGUAUUUAGAGUCGUGUCUCAACCAAAUAUCAGAACUGCAAAGAAACGAAAUCUUGAUCAACUCAUCUAUAAUGACAGAAAAACUAAUAUCGGAUGCCGGAUUGAAUUGCAGAUUUAAAUUUCUAUCAAAAUGGUUAAUGGACAGAACCCCAGAUAUCGAAUUCAUAAUCCAAGACUUGGUGCAUAUCGAUGAAGAGUUUGAACUGUUUGCUAAAAGUUUCAUUGCCGAUCCUAGCAAUACCUUCACAAACACAAACGUAAACAUAAUAAAUACAACGGCUGCUGAAUUGGCUGUCCCCAUGGAGACCCUUCAACAACAAAAGUUCCCCAACAAAAAAGUGAAAUGGACAAGCCCCAGCCCUAGCCCUAGCCCUGUUCCCGAACAGCAAUCGGAACAAAACCAAGAACCAGACCAAGACCACGACCAAGACCAAGACCAAGACCACGACCAAGACCACGACCAAAACGCAACUGCAGGUGAAGUGGACGUCAGCAUGCAAGAUACCACAUUCACUGAGCAAAACCCCUCCGCUCAACUUCCUCCCACCACAGCUGUUCCGAGGAGGAAAAUGCGUUCUUCCCUUCUCACACAUCAAAGCUUACUAGCAACUGUUAAGAAAUAA